UAGCCAGAGAAGUGGUCAGGCGCUAGCUGACACUGACAGGCACACUGCACCAGGCUGCUAUCCUUUAGCAUUAGCUUCAUUCAUCUACUCUAACUGCUGCAAACAUGCAGGAGUGGGCAAAUCAGUUAUGCGAGAAUCGACAAUUUGGAUCCAAGAUGACGGACUCCAAGUACUUCACCACUACCAAGAAAGGGGAGAUCUUUGAGCUCAAAGCAGAGCUCAAUAGUGAUAAGAAAGAGAAGAAGAAGGAGGCUGUAAAGAAGGUCAUUGCAUCCAUGACAGUGGGCAAGGAUGUCAGUGCUCUGUUCCCAGAUGUUGUGAACUGCAUGCAGACAGAUAACCUGGAACUGAAGAAGCUGGUCUACCUCUACUUGAUGAACUACGCAAAAAGCCAGCCAGACAUGGCGAUCAUGGCUGUUAACACCUUUGUGAAGGACUGUGAAGACCCCAACCCUCUCAUCCGGGCUCUUGCUGUUCGUACCAUGGGCUGCAUCCGUGUGGACAAGAUCACAGAGUACCUCUGCGAGCCUUUGAGAAAAUGUCUGAAGGAUGAAGACCCAUACGUGAGGAAGACUGCUGCUGUUUGUGUAGCAAAGCUUCAUGAUAUCAAUGCCCAGUUGGUGGAGGAUCAGGGCUUCCUGGACACCCUUAAAGAUCUCAUCUCUGACUCCAACCCUAUGGUUGUUGCAAAUGCAGUAGCAGCGCUGUCUGAGAUUGCUGAGUCUCAUCCCAAUAGUAAUCUAAUGGACCUGAACCCUCAGACCAUAAACAAGUUGCUGACAGCUCUUAAUGAGUGCACAGAGUGGGGACAGAUAUUCAUCCUUGACUGUCUGGCCAAUUACACACCUCGUGAUGACCGGGAGUCCCAAAGCAUCUGUGAGCGUGUGACCCCACGGCUCUCGCAUGCCAACUCUGCAGUGGUGUUGUCAGCGGUUAAAGUUUUAAUGAAGUUCAUGGAGAUGCUGCCCAAAGACUUGGACUAUUAUGGCACUUUACUGAAGAAGCUCGCCCCUCCACUGGUUACUCUCCUCUCUGCUGAGCCUGAGUUGCAGUAUGUGGCGCUGAGAAACAUCAAUCUCAUUGUCCAGAGACGCCCAGAGAUCCUGAAGCACGAAAUGAAGGUUUUCUUUGUUAAGUACAAUGACCCCAUCUACGUCAAACUGGAGAAGCUGGACAUUAUGAUUCGCCUAGCAUCUCAAGCCAAUAUUGCUCAGGUGCUGGCAGAGUUGAAGGAGUAUGCCACUGAGGUGGAUGUGGACUUUGUGCGUAAAGCGGUCAGAGCCAUUGGCCGCUGUGCCAUCAAAGUUGAGCAAUCAGCCGAGCGCUGUGUCAGCACACUGCUAGACCUCAUCCAGACUAAGGUCAACUAUGUGGUGCAAGAGGCCAUUGUGGUCAUCAAGGACAUCUUCCGCAAGUACCCUAACAAGUACGAGAGUGUGAUUGCCACUCUGUGUGAAAAUCUGGACUCUCUGGAUGAGCCGGAGGCGCGUGCCGCCAUGAUCUGGAUUGUAGGAGAGUACGCUGAGCGCAUCGACAAUGCUGAUGAGCUGCUGGAGAGCUUUUUGGAGGGUUUCCACGAUGAAAGCACUCAGGUGCAGUUGCAGCUCCUGACUGCAAUCGUCAAAUUGUUCCUGAAAAAGCCAACAGAGACCCAAGAGCUGGUGCAGCAGGUGCUAAGCCUAGCCACACAGGACUCUGAUAACCCAGACCUAAGAGACCGAGGCUACAUCUACUGGCGUCUGCUCUCCACAGACCCUGUGGCUGCCAAAGAGGUGGUUCUGGCUGAGAAGCCGCUGAUCUCUGAGGAGACAGAUCUGAUUGAGCCUACACUGCUGGAGGAACUUAUCUGCCACAUUGGUACUCUGGCCUCUGUCUACCACAAGCCUCCCAGUGCCUUUGUUGAGGGCAGCCGCGGAGUUCAGCACAAGAGACUCCCUGGCAGUACUGAAUCUGGGGAGAGUGAGAGCCCUGACACAGCUUCUGCUGCUGCAGUUUCUGAUGCCCCUCCAGCUGUCAUCCCAUCCCAGGGGGACCUGCUGGGAGAUCUUCUCAAUCUCGACCUGACACCUCCCACCACCACUGGACCACCACCAGCAGCCUCUAGUGGCAUGCAAAUGGGUGCUAUGGACCUUCUUGGAGGAGGACUUGACAGCCUGAUGGGGGAUGAGUCUGAGCCGCCGCCCAUUCCCCUGCGGAUGGACACUCCUCAGUCACCUCAGCUCCCACAUCAAUCCCCAUCGCCCCCAGAUUACAGCCCCACUGAGCUUGGAGGAGACCUUGGUGGAAGUCCUGCUAUUGGGGCUGGUUUUGGUGCUCCCCCAGCUGCAAUGCCAGCCUCUUUCAGUGCCCCUGUCAGCGGCGGUCUGGAUGACCUGUUUGAUCUCGGAGGUGGAGUUGGUAUGCCUAUGGGAGCCUACAGCGCCCCCAAAACUGUUUGGCUUCCAGCUAUGAAGGCCAAGGGCUUGGAGAUAUCAGGCACUUUCGCCCGCCGUUCUGGGGUCAUCCAAAUGGAGAUGACCCUCACCAAUAAAGCUAUGAGUGUCAUGACUGAUUUUGCUAUACAGUUUAACAGAAACAGCUUUGGUCUCGCUCCAGCUGGUCCACUGCAGGUUCUAACUCCUCUCAGCCCAAACCAGAGUAUUGAAGUGACUCUUCCCCUCAAUACUGUGGGACCUGUCAUGAAGAUGGAGCCUCUUAACAACUUGCAGGUGGCUGUUAAGAACAACAUUGACGUAUUCUACUUCAGCAGCCAGUACCCCAUCAGCAUGCUGUUUGUAGAGGACGGGAAGAUGGAGCGGCAAGUUUUUCUUGCUACAUGGAAAGACAUUCCUAAUGACAAUGAGGCACAGUUUCAGAUCAAAGACUGUCAUCUCAGCUCAGAUGCAGCCUCUAACAAACUGCAGGGUAGCAACAUCUUCACCAUAGCCAAGCGCACAGUGGACGGUCAGGACAUGCUGUAUCAGUCCAUGAAGCUCACCAAUGGCAUCUGGGUGCUGGCUGAGAUGAGGGUGCAGGCAGGAAACCCAGUCUACACAGUCUCUCUGAAGUGCAGAGCUGCAGAGGUUUCCCAGUGGGUGUUCCAGAGCUACGAGGCGGUGCUGAAGAACUGAACAAACAAGCCCGUGCAUCCACCCAGCCGCAGCCCUUGCAGACUACCAUCUCUCUCUCAUUCUCUCUCGCCUGACCCACGAACCACAUCACAGCCUCACGCAGUGCCGGGAGCCGCUUCCUGCUGCGUUCGGUCGGGACACUGCAGUCCUCAUGUUACCCAACCAUUUCAUCAGGAUGGUUAAUGGGUCUAUCGGCCCUUCCUUUCUUGCUUGCUUUCUUCCUUUUUUUCCCCUCCAAUGCUGCAGAGAGAUGUGGUUCACUCUCUUGGCUGCCCUUAUCCUGUCCCCAUCUUUGUUCACACCACAUGCUUCAGUUUCAGGAAAUCAUCCCACAUCCCCUGUUCUCCCCUGUCCGAGCCAUCCUUAAACAAUCUUUAUUCGUUUCUUGGGGUGGGGGGCAGACGGCUGUGAAUGUUUCUCUGCAUGAGGCUCCUUUAUCAUUUUCAAGCCCUGCUAUAUACACUCUCUCUCUCUCUCUCUCUCUCUCUCUCUCUCUCUCUCUCUCUCUCUCUCUCUCUCUCUCUCUCUCUCUCUCUCUCUCUCUCUCUCUCUCUCUCGCAAAUUGGAGUCUAUUUUUAGCACCUGUGAUCAGCAGGUGAAUCAUCACUUUCACCAUAUUUAUUUGGGGGUUAAUUUCAAUUAAGAUGUCAGACAGGAGAGGCUUUGACUGUAUUUUAGCUUCUCUCUCUGUGAAGGGGAUAAAAGGCUGUGUGGAUCUUAAUAGAGACACAUAAUUACAUCUAAAAAAAAAUUACACUAUUGUUUUUGUCUUUUAUAGUUUUCUUUUAGUAUCUGGUUAUCAGGGGGCUCGUCGUCUGUCCCCGAAAGCAGAAUGUCUGUUUCCGUGUGCAUGAAAACUGUGUGUUACUGCGUGUUUAAUUUUUACAUCAACAUCGCAACAUUUUAUAGACUAGCAGCAGUUGUCCUCGGACUACUCUCUUACUCGGUCAUUCCAUGGUUUAAUUUUUGUUCGUAGUCUCGUUUAGCGCACAUGCUGCAAACUGGGAGAGAGGCUCAGGUGGCGAGAGUUUUAUAAGUGUCGGCGCUCUCUGCGUCUGCAGCGCCGGCCACCCCGGGCUCUCUGCCACUUUGCUCUUCGUGUAUCCACGCUGCAGCUCUCUCGAGGUCCAUGCCUUACCUGACAUGAAGGCUCAGGUGGAAAAUAAAGCAAAACAGCUGAUGCCAUAGUUUGUAACACUUCUGAGUCACAAGCGCACAUGUAGGUAGCAGGCAGCGUUCGCUAAAACAAAGCUGGAUCAACAUGCGGCGUCUCUGAGCUGCAGGCUCCGGUGAUUAAUUGGAUUCCUUUUAGCGAGCUGUUACACCGACUGUACCGGCUCUACAGGAUCAGCACGGAGGCUGUGUAUUCUGAGUGUGUGUCUUUGUGUGUGAUGCAGCUGAUACUUAUGACAUGCUGUACAAAAAAAAUCAGAUGUUUAAUCAGAUGUUUGUUUUUUCAUUGUGUGUACAUCAUUUGAAGAACCAUUAAAAGUCUUGAUUAAUUCA